UGGAAUGGAUCAGGCCAGAAAUAAGGCAAAAAGUUGGGUUCAAAGUUGAUCAAGAGUUCAUUUAAUCUGAUUUGGUCAUCAAUCAUAUGAUUCAACUCGAUUCAAUCCAAUGGUUCAUUUGAUCUAAUUUCGGUUUGGCAGAGAGUUGAAUUCACAUGAUAUGAUACGGUAUGUUUGUGUUAGGAGAAGAGUCUCUCAUCCUAUAGUGGGGCAUUACCAUUCACCAACUAAAGUUAUAUUUUCACACAAUACUAUUAAUUAUUCACGAAAUUUCACGCAUAUGAUCUAUUUUCAUACAAUCUCAUUAAACUUACCAGUAAAGAUUUUCAAUGCAAUCUUAUACAUUGCAUAAAAAAAAUAUGCAUGAAUAAUUGGUAGCAUUGCAUAAAUGUAGGUUUUGUGCAGGAAUAAUGAAAUGUCUUAUGAAAAUAACUCGCGGGUAUCUUAAUAUUACUUAGAAGUAUGGAUAUGAGAAUGAAACAUGACACCUGAACAAAUCCAGACCCACUCCAUCUUUGCAAUAUAACUCGGGAGGUAAUACAUUGUAAUUCUGGUAUCGAAUGAGACGUUUGGUCACUCGAAAUUACCAUCACACAUCCACCCUGUUUCGACUUACUUAGAUCUCUUUCACAGAUGGGGAUUGAGAUUAUUCAAAAUUCUGUCAAUAUGGAUCGACCAAAUUAGCAAACCUUGCUAGAUCCGCCUGUUGCAUCAACUCCAACAAGGACUCUUCUUUCUUUCUUUCUUUCUUUAUUUAUUUGGCUUGUUUUCAGCAAACACAACAAAAAAUGCACCAUACCAAUUACCAAGUGUUAUACUUUCUGCUGCCACUUGCUAUCUGAAGCCAAAAGAGACGUGGUGGAUGAGGUUCUCAGCUGGCAACUACAGCUUCUGCUCCCACAGUUCCACAUUUAACGUCAACAAUACACUAAAUACAUAAGUAGAUACAAGCGUGUAGAAUCAUUUCGUCACAAUUACUCGAGUAUACGUUGAGAACGAACCUUACACAAUGCUAGAUAUAAGUAUGGACUAUCAACUCCACUCAUCACAAUAGCUCGAACAGUUAAAAGGGAAACAUAAGAACGAAUCUUAUAGAGUCUUUGCUUGUUUACUCAGGAUCAAAACCGAUCUCAAACUCAAUAUCCUUCGUGUUGGAUAGGAAGUGCUAGAAAUCAUUAGGAUUUAGAUACAAAUUCUUGAUUAAAGACUCUAAUAAUACGUCGAAAACCACUCUUCCCAAUCUCAAUUUACCGGCCACGCAGGUGAAUCAUAAUAACUUACCAACUGCCUUCCAUAAAAAUAUCUCCUUGAAUUCAUAAAAAGAAAAUCUCCUUGAGAACAAAUUGCUUAAUCUAGUAAUUAUGUCGCUAAUUUUCAACCUGGAAUCACAUACUCGAAUCCGUUAAAUAACAUUAUAAAAAAAACUCAACCGACCAAAGAAAACCCAAAAAUGCAAUUCUCAAGUUCCACACAAAACAAUCAGAACCAGACCAAGAAGAGCCGAGUCCAUUUGGAUUCUCCUCACAAGAUGUCAUUUUUUGUCUCCUAACUCCUUCACUCUGUACAUUUAUACCCUUUCAAGUUCCGAUUGAAAGCCGAAACCAGAAACAAUUCCCACUCCACUUCACUCGUCUUCCCCAUUAUACUCUGUUUCCCCUUUCAGUCUCUUCGCCGGAGAAAGAUGGACCGCAGCAAUUUACUUGCUCUGUUUUUCAUAAUCGCAGCCACAUUCCCCGUCGACGCGUCGGCAUUCAAAUGCGGGAACUCCCCUUUGAAAUGCCAAGCCUUGAUCGACCACAUCACGCCGGAACCCACCACGUUCGUCGAGGUCCAAACCCUCUUCGCCGUCAGAAACCUCCGCACCCUUUUGGGCGCCAACAAUCUCCCGCGCUCGACUCCGCCGGAUCAGAAGCUUCCCGCCAAACAGACCCUGAAAAUCCCCUUCCCCUGCCUCUGCCACCGCGGGGCCGGGAUCUCAAACAAGCGCCCCGUGUACACCGUGAAGAAGGGGGACGACGGGCUUAAGGACAUCGCCGAGAAGGUGUUCUCCGGUACGGUGACCGACGACGCGAUCGCCGCCGCGAACGGUAUCUCCGAGAAGGACCCGGUCAAGGUCGGGCAGAAGCUUUCGAUUCCCCUGCCUUGCAGCUGUGAUGAAGUGGAGGGCAGGAAGGUGAUUCACUAUGGGUACUUGGCGGAAUCCGAAAUCUCACUGGAGGCCAUUGCUGACCGGUAUGGAGUUAGCGUCCCGACGUUGACGGAGAUUAAUGGGUUGAAAGAUGGGUCGACUAUCCGUGCCGGGCAGCUCCUCGAUGUCCCUAUCAGAGCUUGCAAUUCGUCGAUAAGAUCCGACUCCAUAGACUCACAAUUGCUUGUGGCUAAUGGGACUUACGUCUUCGCCGCUCACAAUUGCGUCCAGUGCAAAUGCGACUCUGCCAACAACUGGACGUUACAGUGCCAGCCGUCGGGGGUUAAACCAUCGGACUGGUCGACUUGCCCUGCAAUGGAAUGUGGCUUGGGAAAAAAUGCCGUCUUGCUAGGGAACUUGUCGACGUCGGCUUGCCGCGGCGCUACCUGCUCUUACGGCGGCUUCUCUUCUAAUCAAACCAUCUUUACCACUUUCGACCGCACUUGCUCCGCCGCUCCCGCCCCCGGUCCCUCAAUUGGAGGGAAGAUUGGUCUGAAGAACUGGAACAUCAUCUUGUUGAGCUUGGUUCAUUUGAUGGUACUACAUCUGUUUUGUAUAGGUGGAUGAUGAAUUUUGAUGACUAGUUUCCAUCUUGUUCUUUUGGGAGCAUUUGGAUAAAUUUGAAAUGAUUAGCGUCCAAUUUAAAUUUUCAUUUUAAUCGAGGUGUAUUAGUUUGAAACAUGGAAAAUCCCCUCCUUGGGGUUUUGCUUGCUUGAGGAACAAUAAUGAAGCUUAGAGUAAUUAAUUUUCUUUCCCACAUCUUUACUCCUCUUCAUGUUUUUCAUUCUUAAUGACAAAGAUUAUUAUACAUACAUUUGAUGAUCUAAGACUAGACUAUUAUAAAUCUCGACUUCUUGAUCGUACCGGUUUUUUUUUUUUUUUUUGUCAAUUGGUAUCUUUGAACUCUCCAAAUACGAGCCCCAUAGUAGGUAGAAGCUUGAAAAUCAGUGUAGAUUCCAAAAAUCCACCUUUAUUCGCAGAGAUUUGUGGUUCAGGGUCCUAAUUGUUCAAGAAAAUCAGUGAAAAAGCCACAAAAUAUACUCUUAAACUUUAAUCCAUAGCUUCAAAUGAAAAGAAAAAUCACAUACCAUCAAAGUUGUCAAACCGGUUCAUACCGUUGCGCUAGUUUAGCGAGUGAAAUGGUACGACAAGUGGUAAAACCUGUUUGUGCCGAUUCAUGCCGGCUUAAUAAAAUAUAACAUUCCAAAUAAAAUAACAAAUACUCAUAUUCAAAUACAACAUUUAACGUCAGUACUUAAACGUUUAUACCCAAAUCCAAUAAAUUACAUAAACUUUCAUCUUUUAU